AUGCCUCUACUAUCCGAACAUAAGAAUAACAUUCCUCGAUCACUGUACAUUUUGAUGUGUGGGAGUGGGAUUGAGAGUGUGGAAGAUGUUGUUUUCAAUUCAGCCGGAAAUUUGACGAACAGAAUGCAGAGGUGGUACAAUUCGGAAUUGCAGAAUAAUGAGAGUGUUGUUGCUCUACAAAAUCAGGAUGAAAGGGUUGUAUCUGUGCAGGAAGAGGAGACUGAUAAUAAUGGAAAAUAUUCUAUCAAAUCGCUUCCAUCAAAUUUUAAUUUUAAUAUGAAUAUUGUAAAAAAACAAGUUUAUAUUUUACAAGAAUACUUGUUGGGAAGAUAUGCUCCAAAGAGUGUCAGUGUAGAACAAAUGGCACUCAAUGAUGGUAAAAUUAGAGUUUCUGGACUGAAUACAGGAAGUGGUCAAUUGGAUAGCUUGUUGGAUGGAGGAAUUCAAUGUGGAGAAUUGACAGAAAUUGUUGGAUUUCAAUCAAGUGGAAAAACUUGUCUCUGUAAAACUGUGUCACUCAAUACCAUUAUUGAAAAGAAUUCAGAUACAGUUUUGUGGAUUUCAACAAAUUCAUCUUUCAAUGCAAGAGAAUUUGCCAUGAUGUAUGAAUCAAAGAGCAAUCUAUAUAAUGAACAAAUUAGACAAUCUCAAGCUACACAACAGUCACAAGUGGAAGCUGAUGAAAUUUGCUCACUCGUAGAGACAUUUACAAAAAUCAGAGUGUUGGAUGUUUCAACACCGGAAGAAUUGAAGACUCUGUUAAUAGAAUUGGUUAAACUCAUAGAAAGUGAACAAGAUAAUUUCUACAACUCUCUUCGAUUGGUAGUAAUUGAUAGUUUGGCUGUUAUUUUGACCUCUCUUGUACAGUCAAAGGUCAAUAGCAAGAUAUCAGAAAAGGAGGAUUUAAGUUUGGACGAAAUAAUUCGACUAAUGAAGAAAAUUGCCAGAAAAUAUCAAAUUGCCUUCUUGUACACUAAUUAUACUCUACAUGAACUAGAUGAUAGAACAGUUCUAGGUGAAACCUGUAAAUAUUUUUCACAUGUAAGAUUACUCUCAAAGAAACUUGAAAAGCAACCACCAAAAGAAGAGGGAACAUUCUUUGAGGCUCACCUUUUGAAAUCACCAAGACGAUCUCUCAUUCAUCCUUCAGUUUACUUCCAGGUUAUGAGUCUAGGUGUUGUUGAUACAGGCAAUACACAAAUACCAAACCAAAAUUAA